AUGAAUACUCCUUUUAGCAAUAUUAUUGCAGUCUGCAAGUUAAAAAUCAAGACAAGAGAUAAGUAAACCAAGUCUCGUUCUAAGCUUUAAGCGAAUGCAUUGGCAUAGUCACUUGAUCAAGCAACUAAUGACGAAUAGGAAGAUGAUAUUGAUUUGAAAUACCUUAAUUUCAUCGACUUAGAUCAGAUUUCACUCAGCUAUCAAGAACUGAAGUUAAUAGAUAAAUUUUACAUUAGAAAGAACUUUGCCCUUGCUCUGACCAAGAAAAAAGAGCCUAUUUAUUGGGGAUAGUUAGUUGAGACUAAAGAUUAGACAGUAGUAGGAUAAGCAAACAGUGCCUCGGAAUAAUAAAUUUACAACUAAGAUCAAUAAUUUAUUGAUGUAUUGUCUGAGUCUGAAAAACAAAAUGAAAAUUAGCAACUCUAUGAUGAGUAAAAGAAGAGUCUACUUUCCAAGAGAAUAUCAUUUUUUAAGAGCAUAAAGAUUAUUGAUAUCUGUUGUAAUGACUUUGCAGCGCAUUUUUUAUCGGAAGAUGGCAUGCUGUACUCUAUGGGCAAAGAUUAGAAAAAAUAUGGAAUUCUUGGGCUUGGCUCUGUGUAUGAGAUUACUCAGCCUCAUCCCAAUAAUAAUCUCAUAGAUUUUAGAAUCUCUAAAAUAUCUAUGGGACUCUCACAUUGCUGUGCUCUGACUACAGGUGGCUAGUUAUAUACUUGGGGUACUGGUCAGAAUGGAUAACUUUGCCAUUAAGAUGACACAAUAUUUUCAAAUGUGCCCAAGCUUGUUUAAAAUUCUAAGCAAAUGAACAUCUCUCAGGUCUAUUGCUCUAGUUAUUACACCCUAGUCAUUAAUAACAAAGGUUAGUUGCAAAUGUUUGGAACACUGAAGGGCUUCGCAAAAUUUUUAUUUGAUUCUCCCUCUCGUGAGAAAAGUAGGUCUGACCUAACACUAGAAAAUAAUAAAGGGUAGAGUAGUUCAAGAACUAGUGACUAAAUCUAGAAGAAAUUCAUAUUGGAUUUAGGGAAUGAGGUCAUCACAAAAGUUUGCAUAGCUGAAAAGUCAUUUAUUGCCUAUUGCUAAGAAAGCCAUAACAUGUAUUUUGUAAAUGAUAGAUUUGAAGCAGAGCUGAUACUCAGAAGAGAUCUUAAGAGCUUUUAGUUCCUUAAUGGAUAGAGAUUUAUUGUGGCUUAAGAUACUAACAACAUACUCAUUAUAAUGAGUCAGGAAGAUUUCACUCAAGGUUAGUUUAACUAGCAAUACUAUCGCAGAUCUGAUAGUUUCAAAGAAAAGUGGCAGGUUGUUAAGGAAUUCAAUUUGAUUUAGAGAUUUAACACCUAAGAUGUAGAGAUGCUCCCCUAAGAUACCAGUAUAACAACUAAGAAGGCAUAGUAACUAUAGCUUCUAGCAUUUAUUACCUAGACUACGCAUAGCAAACAAUUGUUUAACACUUUUAAUAAGCGUUAUUACAAAUCUUUCUUGACUAAGAAAAUGACAUAGCUUAACUAGAACAUCAUUCAGAACAGCACUAAUAUGAACAAUUAGCAAAAUCCAUAUAGUAUGACCAAUGAUGUGGAAAGUUCUAUGCUGAGCGAAUCAAAGAAUAAUUUUACAAAUUAGUUCAAGAAAAACAAUUGCCAGUCACCGUAUUCAAGUAUUGGGAAUUCAGAUUUCCAAACAUGCAAGACAAGGAAUAAACUCAAGUAAAAAAUAGAUUCUAUUUUUGGUGCUACAUUUUCAGCUAGAAAAGGUAGGAGUACAUCUACAUCUAUAAAGGAGAGAGCUAAAAAGCUUCAUCAAAGCCUAUCUCCGAUUCAAAGAUUCCCAAUAAUAAACAAUCUGUGUGAGAUAAUAAAGUAAUAAAAACUUAAUAAUAAUCAAGGUGCAUCAAGAAGCCCUCCUAAGUAUGGAUAGAGCAUCAUUAAUUAGUCUAUUAAUGAUACACCUUUCACUCUUGAUAAUAUGAAUAGAAAUUACCAGGAGUAAAUCAAGUCUCCUUAGUAUAACUUACUUCUUCAAUCUCUUAAUAUCGCUUGCCAACUUACUAAUUUGGGCAACAUGCAAAAUGAUGCCACUCCAUAAUCCACAAAAUAGCUUCAAUUUCUCUCUAAAGCAGACAGAAUUAGAUAGGAGUUAAACAAAAAGGCAACAAACUUCUAAUAGCAUCAGAAUAAUAUUUCUAAGCAGUAAACUACAGCUUAAGGUGAUUCAGCGAAAUAUUCAGCUCAAACUACGAGUUCAAAUAUUCAUGGAGGAGGUGAUAUGAUAGAAAUAGCUUCUCCUGAGAUGAGUAGAAAUGAAAAGCAAAUCAGUGUCUUGAAUCUGCCUCUAUAAAUUGAGUAGGUCAAACCUGAAGCACAACCGACUAAAUAUGAUGAUAUGCCUUUGCAAGCACCCUUAAGUAGCCAUAAAUAACAGAACCAUUAAAGGUAAUUAACACAAAACUUAUCUUGUAUUAUGGAAGAUAGAGAAAACUCAACAAUAGUUUAGACCUAGCAAACUUAUGAUAGAGAUAUUAUAAAGUCCCAUAAGAGUGGUCAAAAGAUCAAGUAAAACAAUAGGUAGCCAUCUUAUAACAUUCCAAACUAUCCACAUAAAUUACUCAAUUCGUAGAUAAAUUAGAAGAAUGAUAUGAAUCAAAUAUUGAAUAUCGAUACAAUAAGUGAGAUAUCAGGCUUAGGAAGGGACUCAAUGCAUCGUUUUAGUCAAGCGAGUGAUGUUACUAACACCAAUAACUAUAAAAUCCUAGUAAUGAAUGCUAGGAAUGUUAUUGAGAAAAAAAUCUUGCAGCAUCUAAUGGUAGGAUUUAUGGCUAUCAAGUAUCAUCAGACGAAUUCACUACAGUCUUUUCAACUUCAAUCCACUAUUAACUACUCCUAAAAUCUAUGCUAGUCUUUACAGUUCAUUGAUAAUGAUAGAAUCGAGUAAGGAUUCGAAGUACUUGCCAAUCUAAAGAAUAAAUUAGAAGAUUAUUAGAGAUAACAAUCUAUUAAAUUAAUCAAAAACUAUGUAGUAGAGAUAAGCGAGAAGAAGAGAAGUAUUAAAAAGCUAGCUCAAAUUCUAAAACAAAAAGAGGAAUAAAUCCUAAUAGAUGUAAUGAGGAAAAUACAGCUGUCUAUUAGAUUCAAGAAAUUACAAAGACUUAACAUAAAUCUCCUAUUUAACUCCUUCAAUAAACUUCUGAAAAGGCAACAAAAAUAAGAUGCUAUGUUUAGUUUCAGAAAUAUCUAUGAAUUUUCAUCACUUCAAAGAUAAAUUGAAUCAGUAGGCAGAUUUAACAGCAUUAUCAAUACUCAUCUCAUUAAGAUAGCUCUUCAGAAAUUUAAUGAUCAUACUGAUUUGUGCAAUAAAUAUAUGAAAGGCUUAAAGCUCAUUAAGAAGACCCAUUCAUAAAUUUAGUUCCGUAAAAAUCUUAACCAGAAAUCUCAAGCGCUCUAUAACUUUAAGAAAAACGUAAUAAAUUUCUAGAUAUCUCGAACAGAAAAAAUAGCUAAGAUAUUUAGGAAGUAGUACUCUAAGAAAUACUUCAAGCUUUGGCUUUAUAUACUUUAGAAAAGAAAGGCUGCAAUACAAUAAGCUAUAUUCUUGAAGAUGUUUAUUAUUGAUAAGAUCAAGCAAGCCCAGUAUUAUGCAAUAGUAAAGAUGAUAAACUACAGUAAUUUGCACUCAAUGAGUCAAACUAAGAAAUCCUAGCAAAGCAAAGCCACUUUGAUAGAUACAAGCAGCAGUUAGAAUAUCUCGAGCAACUAGAACUACAAUACUCUAAAUGCCAAUGUAAAUAUGAUUGAGGUCAUUCAGGAACCUAUAUUUGAAGACAUAACGCCAUAGUAAGUUAUUAAGAAGUUGGAAUUCGUGGAGAAAUCUAUCUAGAAUGAUGAUCUAAAUUUGCUGUCAAAUAGUAUUAACAAUGAUGAGCUUGAUAUUGAAGACACUUAGCUAGACGAUGGAGACUGCUACUACUAGAAAUAAAUACUUCAGAAGUAAAAUACAAUCAUCUCGCAAAAGUCAAGAGACCUACCAUUGAAAAAGACAAGCGGCAAAGAGUUUUCAUUUGAGAAGAAUGAAAAUCUCCCCACAGAUAUGAACUACUUUUAAGACAAUAAUAUCACUGCUCACUUCAAUAAAUUCAAUCUUAUGUCUAGAGGGAAAGACUCCUCACAUAUUUUAUCAAGCAACUCUGGGCUAAAAGAAAAAUCAAGGCCACAUUAUCACUGUCACUAUGCUAAUGGAGAAAAAGUAGCUCCAGAGGCUUUUACUCUUGACCCCUCAGCGUCAUGCAGACAUAGCACAUCAGUAAUCUACAGAAAGAGAGAAAAUAGUGCAUCUGAUCAGCAAUAUUUAAGAAAAAGCUCGAUAAACUUAAAGAUCUCAAUCCCCACAGCUGCUUCAUUAGCACAUGAGUCUGGUAUAAGAGAUCUGAGAGCUUCUGAUGGUUAGCACUCUAAAAUGAAAAUGAGCAUCUAAGAUGAAAUAUCUCCAACAAAUAAUGUCAAAAAUUACUAAAGAUAGACACAGCUUAAUAAAAAUUAUGAAUAGUCAGACCCAUUUGAGUUGCCUCAAAAUGAUAAUGAAUUAGAUUUCCCUAAAUUUCAAAGUCAACUCUACUAAAAUGAUUAUGCUUAGUUCAUUGAUAGAUACUUCGAGUAGCCCUCAAACAUAGCAGAUGAUGGAUUGAUAAAGGAUGAGCCACCAGCUGUUUAAUAGUUUGAUCCAAGAUAUUCCUUCAAAAACGUACUCCCAUUCAACCCAACUGAGGACACUCCUCCAGAUAAGUAUCUUAGAUAGCAGCAAAUAAAUCUUCACAACUAAUAGAAUUCCUUGAAUACUAACUCCUUGGCACUCAAGAAUUCUAACUAGUAGGUAUUUGAAAGCAAAAAGGGUUCAAAUGCCUCAAGUAACAUGAAUAAUCAAAGUGCAGCAAACAGUUAAAAGGGCACAUUCAUUAACAAUUAUUUCUAGAAGCUGCAAGCUUAAAACUCAGCCAAAAAUGAGGCUAAGAAAAUGAGUAAUAACCCCGCAGUUUACUAACUUAACAACUAAAACUUGCAGCAGUCUAACUGUAAAAACAAGGAAAAUACUCUUUAUUAGUAAAACUAUACUUUGCAGCCAUCCACCCAGUAAUAGAUGAUACAGAAUUAGUAACCUCCAUAGACAUCUUCUCAGACUUCAUAGCCUUUGACCCAAGCAUCUUUCGUCACUAAUAACAAUAAUAUAGACGUGAUGCAUUUCCAUUCACACUCAGACACUUCCUUUGUCUUCUUUGAUGAUAACUUUUGGAGGGACAGUGGGAUUAGCUCGGCAUCAAGAAUGACUAAUAUGGGUAAAUUAGGGCCUUUAGUUAACUAGUCUUUUGGCCAGAACCUUAGUGCGCAGCAGUAGUAGUUAUUGAUGAAUAAUUUCAUGAGAUAGAGUGUGUAGCCCUAGAACUUGCAAUUCUAAAAGACUUUCAAUAAUAAUAACCACAACAAUAUGAAUAGAUGA